AAUAUUUGUUUUUAUAAAUUUUAAAUCAUUGAUUAUAUCAUCUAUUAUUCGAUUGUAGAAUAUGUGUUAAAGCCGCUUGGUGGAUUGAAUGAAAAGUUUGGAAUAAUAUGUGAUAGUUACGAGUUUAUUUGCGAGAUCGUUUUUAACUGUAACUGAUUGUUAUUUUGGUCAAAAUAUUUUAGAUGCGAAAAGAUGGGUGGAUUGGUUGGUAAAAUAAAACAAUCAAUGCAUAGAUUUAAUAUAGAAAAUCGUGCAAAUAAUGUUAUUUCAAGUAGUAAAAUAAUUCCUGCUCCUAAAUAUGCUGCUACAAUAAAGCAAUUGAAAGUAGCUCAAGAAUUAAAUCCACAUUUCUUGAAGAAACAUUACGAAAAGGAUUUCAAAUUUGAUGAACAGUUAAAAAAUGUUUAUGUAACAUCUACGGAAACAAAGAUGAAUACAUUGGAUCAACCAAAUCCUGAUAGACCAUUACCUACAUCGAGAACCUCUGAAGAUUUUGAAUUUGGAUUUUAUAUGCCAGACUCUGUCCCAGUAGGAAAACUAACUCUGAAAGACAUAUUCCAAAUUAUUAUUGAGCAUAAAGAAGAUUCUGUUAAAAAUAGUAGUAAUAUUUUAGCUACGAAAUAUAAAUUAGACGAAGAAACAAUAGAAAAAUUAUUGGAUUAUUACAAGUUGUAUCAAUUAGUAUUACCUAAACAAAAGGUUGAUAAGAAAUUCAAAUUUUCUCUUGAUGAAAUAAAACUAUUUACAAAGGAAUUUAUGCAAUUGAAAAAGGAUUAUGAAAAAGAACAGGCGGAAAUAAAAAAACUACAAGAAAUAGCUGAUAACAUAAAUAAAAAAUUAAACAAAUAAGAAAAGAUAGAAUUAAUUACUGAAGUGUAUAUUAGUUAAUAAAAUUAAUUAUAUUGAAAUGUACAUUUUAUGUGAUUUAUAAAAAUGAUAGCAAACAUUCAAAUUCGAAAAUUCAAACAUUUCGUAUUCAAAAUGGAGUUAUAAGACACAUAAAUCUUUUACAGGAUAUCGAAGAUAAUCGUAAUGGUCACUAAUACAUGAAUCUCUUUGAAUGUAGAAGAAUUGGAAUGAGAACGUGCAAGAAGAAUGUCCUUGUUGACUUUACCCCAUUCAGGAAUGUCUUUUGUCUUGUCCAUCAUCCAAUAAAAGCCUUUCAUUCUUAAA